AUUUUAAACACAUUUUUACAGAUGGAUCAAAAGAUCCAAUUACAGGAAAUACAGGCUCUGAGGUAGUAGUUCCCAGUCAUAUAGAAGCAAGAUAAGGAGGUUAUAUUCAUGUGGAUCCCAGCGCAUAUUGGCAUUAUGGGAAAUGAAAGGGUAGACAAUAUAGCCAAGCAAUCAUUGAAAAAAGAAAUUAUAGAUACAGACAUCAAUCUUUCAAGAUCAGAAGGGACAAGCAUUGUAUGAGAAAUAAUUAAUAAAGAAUGGCAACAAUAGUGGGAUCAAGAAUUAAAAGGUAGACAUCUAUACUAAUAAAAAAGCAGAGUUCACACUGGAAAGAAGGGGAAAAAACAGGAGAGAGGAGACAAUUAUGACCCGACUAAGAAUAGUAAAUUCUACAAUAAAUGAAAUAGUACGCUCCAUCUUAUAGGGAAACAUCCAACUGGAUUUUGUGAGCGUUGUCAAAUACCAGAGACUGUAGAACCUGUGCUUGUUAUUUGUAAGAAAUAUGAAACACAGAGGAUGGACAUGAUAACAGACAGGGAAAGAAUAGGAUUAACAGGACAUGGAAUAAAGAAUAGAACCAAGAGUGAACAAGGAAGGAAAUACUCGAUCUGAUUUCUAAUAAAAACUGGACUAAUGACGAGAAUAUGACGUGGUGCUCUUUGUAGGAGUUCAGUAAGUCCAGAAGAUGGCAGUAGUGCAAUAUCAAGGAUGCAAGCUGAUGUUAAAAGCCAAAGAAGAAGAAGACGAGCCGAUUCUCUCUACAUGAAAAUAUUUUUGCAUUUCUAUGUUCUGCACAAGAUUUUCUUCCAUGAGGUUUACAGCAACAGUUAAAUCUGAAGGUGUUUAAAAAAAAACCUCGUUACUGUGGCUGUACUUGGAGAGGGUAACUAUGUUCUAACUAGAUGCACCAAGAGAGACAGAAGAACAUGAUGCCCACAAGAGCCUCCAGUAGUCAUCAAACGACUGCUACUAUUCUUUGUAUUAUGACCAGUCAAGAACAAAUACACACAGAACUUCACCACUGCUCAUACUGUGGGAAGAGUUUUACUCACCAGAGUAAUUUACAAACACACCAGCGCAUUCACACAGGAGAAAAACCUCAUCAGUGUUCACAGUGUGGAAAGAGUUUCAGUAAGAGAAGGUAUCUCCAACAACACCAACAAACUCAUACAGGAGAGAAACCAUUUAUCUGUGUACAGUGUGGGGCAAAAUUUACUCUCAGUUGUAAUCUCAAAAGACACGAACGCAUCCAUAAAGGAGAGAAACCAUUUAUCUGUGUACAGUGUGGGGCAAAAUUUAAUCUCAAGUGUAAUCUCAAAAGACACGAACGGAUCCAUACAGGAGAGAAACCAUUUAUCUGUGUACAGUGUGGGGCAAAAUUUACUCUCAAGUGUAAUCUCAAAACACACCAGCGCAUCCAUACAGGAGAGAAGCCGUACCACUGCUUACAAUGUGGAAAGAGUUUUGCUGACUUGAGUAAUUUCCAACAACACCAACGAACCCAUGCAGGAGAGAAGUCGUAUCACUGCUCACAGUGUGGAAAGAGUUUUUAUCUAGAGCGUGCCCUCCAACAACACCAGCGCAUUCACACUGGAGAAAAACCAUAUCAGUGUUCACAGUGUGGAAAGAGUUUUAAUCACAAGAGGACUCUCCAGAGUCACCAGAGUAUUCACAGAGGAGAGAAGCCGUAUCACUGCUCACAGUGUGGGAAGAGUUUUAAUCGAGAGUGUAAUUUCCAAACACAUCAGCGCAUUCACACUGGAGAGAAACCUUAUCAGUGCUCACAGUGUGGAAAGAGUUUCACCCAACGAAGUGGUCUGAAAACACACCAGCACAUUCACACGGGAGAAAAGCCGUAUCACUGCUCACAGUGUGGGAAGAGUUUUAAUCAAAAGGAUACUCUAAGACAUCACCAGCGCAUUCACACGGGAGAGAAACUUUACAGCUGCUCACAGUGUGGGAAGAGUUUCACCCACCGAAGUGGUCUCAAAACACACCAGCGCAUUCACACGGGAGAAAAGCCGUAUCACUGCUCACAGUGUGGAAAGAGUUUCACCCAACAAAGUGGUCUCCAAAAACACCAGCGCACUCACACAGGAGAAAAACCUCAUCAGUGCUCACAGUGUGGAAAGAGUUUCAAUCAGAGAAGGUAUCUAAAGCUACACCAGCACAUUCACACUGGAGAAAAGCCAUAUCAGUGCUCGCAGUGUAGAAAGAGUUUUGCCCGACUUAGUAAUUUCCAACACCACCAACGAAUUCAUACAGGAGAGAAACCAUUUAUCUGCGUACAGUGUGGGAGAAGAUUUGCUCACCAGUGUACUCUCAAAACACACCAACGCAUCCAUACAGGAGAGAAACCGUAUCACUGCUCACAAUGUGGGAGGAGUUUUGCUGUGUUGAGUAAUUUCCUACAACACCAACGGAUUCACGCAGGAGAGAAGUCGUAUCCCUGCUCACAGUGUGGAAAGAGUUUUAAUCUAGAGAGUAAUCUCCAACAACACCAGCGCAUUCACACUGGAGAUAAACCGUAUCAGUGCUCACAGUGUGGGAAGAGUUUUAAUCACAACAGGUCUCUCCAGCGUCACCAGAGUAUUCACAGAGGAGAGAAGCCGUAUCACUGCUCACAGUGUGGGAAGAGUUUUAACCGAGAGUGUAAUUUCCAAACACAUCAGCGCAUUCACACCGGAGAGAAACCUUAUAGCUGCUCACAGUGUGGAAAGAGUUUUAAUCACCUAAGUGUUCUCAAAACACACCAGCGAAUUCACAUGGGAGAAAAGCCGUAUCAGUGUUCACAGUGUGGGAAGAGUUUUAAUCGACAGGAUUACCUCCAGUAUCACCAGCGAAUUCAUACUGGAGAGAAGCCAUAUCACUGCUCAAAAAAAGUGGAAAAGGUUUUACUCACCCAAGAAAUCUCCAAAAACACCAGGCCAAACUGGACCAAACCGUCUGCCUUGGGAACCGAGACCAACAGACUGGACCAGGCACUGUGGGACUCCUUGAUUACCCCCAUAUUGAGCAUGGCUUGGUUCCCCCUGGCAGUACCAGCGUCCUUUGAUGGCUUUGAGAGACCCCAAUCAGAGGUCAACAAGGUGACCUCACCGCCAGGGCUCCAACCUGAGACCCACGAGGUGGACUCACCCGCAGAGUUCCUGCCAGAGGUCAACGUGGUGACCUAUGCUCCAGAACUCCAGCCAGAGGUAAAUGUGGUGACCUCAUCUCCAGAGCUCGAACCUGAGACCCAUGAAGGGGUCCUACCUCCAAGCUCCAGCCAGACGUCAAUAGGCGACCUUUCAAGCCCAGUUCCUGUCCCAGGUCGAAGAGAUGGCCAGGCCAAGCCAAGCUCUGCUCAUGACAAGUUCCUUUCCGACGUCGAUGAGGCGACCUCCCAUUCCAAGUUUCUGUCCGAUGUCGAUGAGGCGACCUCCCACGCCAAGUUCCUGUCCAAUUUCAACGAGGCGACCUCCAACGCCAAGUUCCUGUCCGAUGUCGACGAGUCGACCUCCCACGCUAAUUUCCAGUCUGAGCUCAACCAUUCUGCUGCCACGGACGACCAAGUUAUUAUCACGCCCGAAUCUGCUGACGCAGACAGCCAAGUUCUGUUCAUGCCCGAGGCUGCCGACACGGACAACCAACUUCUGCUCACGCCCGAGUCUGCUGACAUGGACAACCAAGUUAUUAUCACUCCUGAAUCUACUGACACGGACAGCCAAGUUCUGCUCACGCUCGAGUCUGCCUACAAGGACAACCAAAUGGAGUUGGACUCUGAUGCUGUAUGUUUCCCUCAGAUAGAAUUGGAGUCUGACCCUUUAUGGUCCUCCCAGAGGCAUUUGGAGUCUGACUCUUUACGGUUCCCCAAGAAGCAGUUGGAGUCGGACUUUUUACGGUGCCCCAAGAGGCAGUUGGAAUCGGACUAUUUACGGUCCUCCCAGAGGCAGUUGGAGUCGGACUCUUUACAGUUCCCCAAGAGGCAGUUGGAGUCGGACCCUUUACGGUCCUCCCAUAGGCAGUUGGAGUCAGUCUCUUUACGGUUCCGCAAGAGGCAGUUGGAGUCAAACUCUUUACGGUCCUCCCAGAGGCAGUUGGAGUCUGACUCUUUACGGUUCCCCAAGAGGCAGUUGGAGUCUGACUCUUUACGGUUCCCCAAGAGGCAGUUGGAGUCGGACUCUUUACGGUUCCCCAAGAGGCAGUUGGAGUCGGACUCUUUAUGGUUCCCCAAGAGGCAGUUGGAGUCGGACUCUUUAUGGUUCCCCAAGAGGCAGUUGGAGUCGGACUCUUUAUGGUUCCACCAGAGACAGUUGGAGUCGGACUCUUUAUGGUUCCCCCAGAGAAUUAUCUUGUUCCUUUCCACCAUCAUUGAAGUGAUCCUCGAUGAGUUUUGUAAAUUUGUACCAGGGAGGUUUGAGGUCGGCUUCACACUGACCUGCUUCCUUUCUGCACUUUUCUCAUUGCAGCUAGUGAUUACGCUUUCAUUAUGUCUUGACAUUUCUCAUUGGGUUUCUGUUCUUUAUGUUUUUUCAUUCCAAUUGCCGCCCCCCCGAAAUUAUCAAGAAGGUGAUGCCCCCAAAAAGCUUCGGCAGCCUGACCUUCACCGCUGUUCAGAUUGUGGAAAGAGUUUUACUCAAAAAGGUCAUCUCAAAACACACCAACGAAUUCAUACAGGAGAGAAGCCGUAUGUCUGCUCGCAGUGUGGGAAGCGUUUUAGUCGACUGAGUACUUUAGAGCAACACGCAAGAAUUCACACGGGAGAGAGACCAUUUAUCUGUUUACAGUGUGGAAAAGGUUUUACUCGACAGCUUUAUCUCCAGCAUCACCAGAAUAUUCACACAGGAGAAAAACCUUAUCACUGUUCACAGUGCGGGAAGAGUUUUAAUCAAGAUAGUAAUUUCCGACGGCACCGGCGCGUUCACACUGGAGAGAAACCAUAUCAGUGCUCACAGUGCGGAAACAGUUUUGCUCAGAAACGUACUUUCGAAGCACAUGAGCGUACUCACACAGGAGAGAAGCCAUAUUAUUGCUCAUGGUGUGGGAAGAGUUUUAAUCAGGAGGGUACAUUUCAAAAACAUCGGCGCAUUCACACCGGAGAGAAGCCGUAUCACUGCUCACAGUGUGGCAAGAGUUUUGCUGAGAGAGGCACGCUUACAGCACACCAGCGAGUUCACACAGGAGAGAAGCCGCAUCACUGCUUAAAAUGCGGAAAGAGUUUUAAUCACCGCAGUGCUCUCCAACAACAUCAGCGCGUUCACACCGGACAGAAGCCGUAUCAGUGCUCGCAGUGUGGGAAGAGUUUUACUCAGUCGGGUACUCUUCACACACACGAGCGCAUUCACACAGGAGAGAAGCCACAUCGCUGUUCACAGUGUGGAAAGAGUUUCGCUUACCUGAGUGCUCUCCAAACACACCAGUGCAUUCACACAGGAGAGAAGCCAUAUCACUGCUUAUGUUGUGAAAAGAGUUUUGCACAGCUCUGUCAUCUCCAACAACACCAACGCAAAUACUCAGGAGAGGAGCCGAUCACUGACCGCUGUGUGGGCAGAGAUUUAGCUUUUUACGUAAAUAAGUGUGCCAACACAGAGCCAUAAGUUUGUGACCUGCACUGUAAAUGUGAAACUUUUAAACAUGUUUCGUGAUGCAAUAUCCUACAUUAAUGCCUCAUUUAUUUUCCUUAGCAUAGAUGAGAUAAAUUCCAGAAUGUUGGUUACUCGUGUGAAUUCUGUAAUAAUGAAAAAGAAACCAUUUUUCACUUAUUCUUUCAUUGCAUUGACACAAAGAUGUUUUGGGUCGAUUAUGACAUUUUUAUUAAAAGGAAAUUUAAUAUAGUUAACUUGAUAAAACUGGGUGGGGCUGAUAUAAUUCUAUAUGUUAAUGAAUGUGGGAUAGAAAAAGGAUAAAGCAUAUCAUUCAAUUGCUAGUUUUAACGGGGAACUUUCAUAUACAUUCAUGUACAUAAAUGGGGAAGUUUCAUAUUUUGUAUAAAUGUAAAAAUAAAAAAGAUUCCCGGGCUCAUAAUAUUAUCUGCAAAUUCAAAAUUGAUAGAUAAAUGGCACCUUAUCCUUUUUGUUUGUUAUAUAAUACUCUGGCAAUUUUAUUUUAUUUGUUUAUUUUUUCUGUAUCUUAGUAUUAUUUGAAUAACUGAACCAUUUGUACUUGAGAUGGAAGUUAAUGCAAUGUUGACUAUGUAAUAUUUUCUCUUUAUUUUAUAUUUGUUAAUAUGCAAUAAUAAUAAUAAUAAAAAGUCAUACUACAGACAAACACUGAUUAGUACGUACUGUUUCAAUGGCCGUGUAGUAGGUACUGCAGUAACUGUCACAGUACAUGAUUUCGGAUGGUCAGAGACUUUCUGUCUGUACCUGGUUGAAACUGGUUUUGUGCAGUGGUGGAAGUGUUCAGAAAGGAACAAAGAGUAAUAAAAAGUGAUAAUAAAGGUGCAGAGAGGGAAGAGUGUUCACAGUAAACUUAACAGUAGGCAAAACCAUAAAAUCCAUGAUUGUUAUAAAUGUACAAUACUGGCUUUCCAUAGCCUAAUACAGGGGAAUCACAAAGUUUUAAUGUUUAAAAGCUAAUUGAACUUAAUAUGGGGAAAUUUGAGCAGUUCUUUGACACAUUUCCCCUCAGUCCAGUAGGUGGCAGUAGAACACCUUUCAGCUGUGAAACCACCUCAAAUCGAAGAAGACGAGCAGGU